AGACAGAAAUCAGAGAGAGAGAGAGAGGUUGGUGCGUGGUUUGUAAGGUGCUUGCUUGUAGCAUUUUGCUGAUUUUAAUUUACAGUGAGCACAGGAAAGAAGAGGGUAAAGAAGACAGAAGUGUUAACAGAAAACACAAACAUGUUCGAUGGAGUACCAGACCAGUUCCACCAAUUCAUAACUCCAAGGACCUCACAACCUCUUCACUUACCUUUCCCUCUCCAUGCUUCAGGAACCCCCAAUACCACCUUCCCUUCCAAUUUUGAUCCUUAUAACAACCCUUCUCAUCAAUUGCCACUCCAACCCAACAACCUCUUGCACCCAUUACACCACAAAGAUGAAGAGAAGGAAGAAAACACAACCACCGUCCCAAUGAACUUCGAAAUCCAAAGAGAUCAAAGGCAACAACUUCCUGAACUAAUUGAUCCCUGGACUACCGAUGAAGUGCUUACCCUCUUGAGGAUCAGAUCUAGCAUGGAAAGUUGGUUCCCAGAACUCACUUGGGAACAUGUCUCAAGGAAACUAGCAGAGCUUGGAUAUAAGAGGAGUGCAGAGAAGUGCAAGGAGAAGUUUGAAGAAGAGAGUAGAUAUUUCAACAACAACAUCAAUUACGCCAAGAAUAACAAUAAUAGUACCAGCAAUUAUCGGUUUCUUAGUGAGCUUGAACAACUUUAUCACCAACAAGGGAGUAGUGGUGAUCAUCUUGAAAAGAUGACUCAGCCACCACUGCAGAAACAAGGCAGGAUGGACCACCAUGCAUUGGAAUUGGAAGAGGAAGAAGGGGAUUCGAGAAACGUUAUUGUUGACGCAUCGGUGACAAAAAUACAAAGCGACGAGGCACUUGCGGUGGAAAAGAUCACAAAGGACCGCAAGAGGAAGAGGUCUGAUAGGUUUGAGAUGUUCAAGGGUUUUUGCGAGAGCAUUGUGCACAAGAUGAUGACUCAGCAAGAAGAGAUGCACAACAAGCUCCUUGAGGACAUGAUGAAGAGAGAUGAAGAGAAGUUCACCAGAGAGGAAGCUUGGAAGAAGCAAGAGAUGGAGAAGAUGAACAAGGAGCUUGAGAUGAUGGCACGUGAGCAGGCUGUUGCAGGUGAUAGACAAGCCAAAAUUAUCCAAAUCCUGAACAAAUUCUCAGCCACUACUUCGUCCCCUGCAAGCCACACCCUCAAGAAGGUAAACACCCACAUUUCACAAAACCCUAAUCCUUCACAAACAGAAAACCCUACUUUAAGUGUUGCACAAGACACACUGAUUCCUUCUACUUCUUCUACUUCAACUCCAGCUCCAGCUCCUCCCCAGAACCCUAGUUCUUGUUCUCUAAAUAGCCAGAAUAAUAAUCAUAUUAAUAAUAAUAUUCCAGUAGAGAAAAAUUCGAUUUUGAAUAAGGGGUCCUCAUCAAAUGAGAAAGACGAUGUUGGGAGAAGGUGGCCAAAGGAUGAAGUGUUGGCACUCAUAAACCUGAGGUGCACCAGUGUGAACAACAACAACAACAAUGAGGAGAAGGAAGGGAACAACAAGGUCCCUCUGUGGGAGAGAAUCUCACAAGGGAUGUCGGAGUUGAGAUACAAGAGGAGUGCAAAGAGGUGCAAAGAGAAGUGGGAGAACAUAAACAAGUACUUCAGGAAAACCAAGGAUAUUACUAAGAAGAGGUCCCUUGACUCAAGAACUUGUCCCUACUUUCAUCAGUUGAGCAGUCUCUACAAUCAAGGAAAACUCGUUCUACAAUCUGAAAGCCACUUGAAUAAUACUCCACCUGAUCAGAAUCCCGAGCAAGUAAAACCAGAUCAAACAACACAAGCUCAUGAGUCUUCUUCGCAGGUGGGGUCUGGUAGUGGUUUCAGUGUUCAGCAACAGCAGGUACCUUCUUUGGAUUUUGAUCAGUUUUAAUUCAUUGAUUUUUCCAUGUUCUGUCACAUAAUAAGAAGUGUACCACCUCUUUUUUGUAUUUUUGUUUUUUGGUUGAUGCUGGCUAUCUUUAAUAUAGCAUAUAAAUUGAUUGUGUAUAUUUGAAAGAACUUAGAAUUUGGCGAGCACCGACAGCUAUAGCUAGUUUGAGGAAUGAGAACUAUUAAUAUUUCUAUUCCGGUGUAAGUGUUAUUUUCAUAUAUAUUCUAUUUUAUUUUAUUUUA